UGUAUAUAUAUGUACUGAAUUUAUUCAUUUCUGGGUUUCGGAGAGGGAAAUAAAAGAGGAAAUAGGGAGAAAAAAAAAAGAAUUUUUUUCUUGUGAAAUAAUGGGAAGAGGGAAAGUGGAGCUGAAGAGGAUAGAGAACAAGAUAAACCGGCAAGUCACUUUUGCAAAGAGAAGGAACGGUCUGUUGAAGAAGGCUUAUGAGCUUUCUGUUCUUUGUGAUGCUGAGAUUGCUCUUAUCAUCUUUUCUAACCGGGGCAAGCUCUACGAAUACUGCAGCAGCCCUGAUGGUAUGGCAAACACACUAGAGAGGUAUCGGCAGUGCAGAUAUGAAACUAUGGAUCCAAAUCAAUCGGCAAAGGAAUUGCAGGAGAAGUACCAAGAUUUCUUGAAGCUAAGAUCAAGAGUUGAAGCUCUUCAACACUCACAAAGGCAUUUGCUUGGUGAAGGGGUAGGAGAGCUAGGGUUGGACGAUCUCGAGCAGCUUGAACUACAAGUAGACAUGUCCCUUAAGCAGAUAAGAUCAACCAAGACCAAGUUUAUGCUUGAGCAAAUAUCUGAGCUUAAAAGAAAGGAGGAAAUGCUUAUGGAAACCAACAAAGGUCUGAGGAUAAAGUUGGAGGAGAGUGAAGCGGCCAUAAACCAGUGGCAAUGGGGAGCUUUAGAGCCGGGGACAUCCUGUCCUGCGGACCCUCCAAAUGAAAGAGAAGGUUCCUUCAUACCCUCCUUACAAUCCAAUGGACCAUUGCAAAUUAGUAAUUACAAGCCUGAAGUGACUAAUGCAGCCACAACCUCUGCAACAACUUCACAGAAUGUUAGAGUCUUCCACGGCUGGAUGAUCUGAUAAAUACACACACACACACACACACAUAUACAUAUAUAUGUAUAUGUAUGUAUGUGUUUCUCAUGUUUCUUUCAACACCAGAUUACAGAAGAUACAUUGCUACUGUCAUUGAUUUUGUCAUAGAAACAUAGCUACAACCUAAGCUACAGCAAGGCUGUAAUAACACG